UCGUUAUCGACGCGAAAAGUUAGGUAAUUUUUCUGUCAACACUCUAGACUCCGAAACAUAUUAAAAUCGUUUUAUUUUUUAAAAAUUCGAAGUAAAAUGCAGGGUCUUGGACUUCAAAGUCAAAAAAAUCCAGCUUUGAUUCCACUUUAUGUGUGUGUUGGAGCGGGUGCCAUUGGAGCGGUCUAUUAUAUGGCUCGCCUUGCUACUCGUAACCCAGAUGUAACUUGGAACCGUUCGUCAAAUCCCGAACCAUGGCAAGAGUACAAAGACAAACAAUACAAGUUUUACUCACCUGUAAGGGAUUAUUCAAAAACAAAGAGCGCAGCACCAAAUUUUGAAGAGUAGAUUUCAUUCUUUAAAUUAUUGUUAUUGAUUAUAAAAACAAUGUAGUUCGUAAAAACUACAACAGAAUAUAAUUAUCUGCAUCUGAAAAAACUGU